GCGGGGCAUCACGGGGGCUGUAGUCCGCGGGCCAUGGCGGCGCUGGCGCGGGCCGCGUGUGCGCGGGUGGGCGCCGUGUGCAGGGUCCCCGCCAGCGGCUACGCCAAGAAGGCGGGGGCCUUGAAGGUGAAGGUGAAGGGGCAGGCGAAGGAGCAGGAGCCCCAGCAGGGCCCGGAGGUGUGCACGGACCCCGCGGUGCUGGCCACGCACGCCGUGGGCGUCAACUACUACAAGCAGGGCCCCGAGGUGGCGCUGAAGGACGACGCGGACUACCCCGACUGGCUGUUCCAGAUAGACCUCGGCCCGCCCAAGAAGCUGGAGGAGCUGGACCCUGAGACGCCCGAGUACUGGAGGCUGCUGCGGAAGCUGAACACCUGGCACCGAAACAAGAUAAGAAAGAACAGGACAUUCUAGGGAGGGGGCCCGCGUGGCAGACUCCUUCGGUGCCCUCCUGUCGGGGAGGGAGGAUGCACAGGGCUCCAGGAGAGAAACUGGACUUUGCCCUAAAUGACAGGAGACAGGAGCAGCUGGGACCUCUUCCCCAGCUUGCGUCUUAUUUUUCCUGUAAAUACUGACAAUAAAUCACUUGUGUGAUAAAA